CUGGAAAGCGUAGUGGCGCGUGGUGAAUAAUAUCGAGUGGUCCCAUUCACAUUCACAGGUUUCGCUUCGGCCAUUAUUCGCCUAAGCAAGGUGUGGAGAGAGAGAGGAGAUACGCCAGAAUUAGCAUCGCCAGCCACCUAACCAACAAUUCAUCAUGUGCUGCUCGCCAGAAUUAGAUGAACACUAGCCCCGAUGAUUCCCACCAUCACUAUUAUCCCAAAUCUUCAACUACCAUAAAGUAACAUUCUUUUAUUUAUUUUUUUGAAUAUUCGACCUGAAAUUCUCAGAAUCCUGAAAUUUGAGCUGUUCUGAAAACUGGGUCUUCCUCGAGCUAUGCCGAGAGGUGAACGCGGCGGCGGCUCCAGUGGAGGCGUCAGGGGUGGAAAUAUCUUCUGGGGGAGAAAGGAGGACACUGAUUUCAAAGGAAUCGUUGUAAUCUUUGCUUGGGUUUCUGUUCAGGAGAGCCAACUAUGGGAUUAUGUGGAUUUGUACUCAUCCUUAGGGUGGAAUUCUCUUGUUUGUCAUGCUCAUUAUAUCUCUGCGUUUCAUCAUGAGAGUGCGCUGUCAUUGGCAAUUUCCGUUCUUGAUGAACUCAUCAAGGAGUUGAGGACAAGAUCAUGCCCUGUGGUAUUUGCUUCUUUUUCUGCCGGAUCAAAAGCUUGUCUGUACAAGGUAGUUCAGCUUAUUGAGGGAAAAUGUGAAGGUCAGCUCUACCUGCAUAACUAUCAACUGCUCAGGAACUUUGUUUCUGGACACAUCUAUGAUUCUGGCCCACUAGAUGUUACAAGUGAUUUUGGCAUCCGCUUCGCUCUACACCCAGCGAUUGUAAAAGUGCCAGGACCAUCAAAGGUUGUUUCCUGGAUGGCAAAAUGUGUGGCUUCUGGUUUUGAUGCUUUAUACCUAACCCGGUUUGAAUCCUUAGCUGCUGAACAUUGGCAAGCUUUGUAUUCUUCUAUUAAUUUUGGGGCUCCAUUUCUCAUUUUCUGUUCAGAGAAAGAUGAGAUUGUGGCAUUUCAAAGUAUCCAUACUUUCGUCCAACGAUUACAGGGUCUUGGUGGAGAUGUUACCCUUGUAAAACUGAGUAGCCCUUCUCACUUAGGUCAUUACAAGCAUCAUCCUAUCCAGUACAGAAUUGCUGUGACCCAUUUGUUAGAGAAGGCAACCUCGAUUUAUUCUCAUAAAAUGAUGGAAAGAAAGAGAACUGGAAUGGAAAGUAUGCAUGAUGAGAUCUCAGAGUUAAUCUGCGACCUACAGAAGGCAGCAAGUCAUUCAAAUCGGAGCCUCAGAAGAGUUGCAUCAGAGCCAAGUGAUCACUUCUUUCUGCCAAGCUCCGCAGCAUAUCAUGACAGUAGAGAUUCUGGCACUCCACAGGAUGAACAGAAAGAAAAAUCUGUUUGUCUGCCCAAUCUCCCGAGCAUCAAUGCUCAUAGUGUCCUUGGCCAAUUUCUUUUCGAUGUUUGUGUUCCCAAGAAUAUCGAGGAGUGGGAUGUUAAAUCUUCGGGGACCAUGAAUGGGAAGCCUUUUGCAUCUGCUCGCGGGCGUUCACCCUUCAGCAGUGUCAAGUGUAUCCGUCGCUCCAGAUUAUGAAAUCGUUUUCUUAUCUAACUUGAGGAGAUACUUAAUAACAAACUUAAUUGCAAGAGUAUGGUACAUCAGCUUUCCUGCAAGAACUUGACUAGACAAUAUGACCUUUCUGCAGAGUAACUGAAAUGGUUCGAGUGUUUCAUAUAAAUAGAGUUUGCAUGGGAAGAACCCACUCAUGGAUGUAAAUUAAUGAUCAUCUAAUUGCCUGACGCGGGAGUGAGUUAAGGAGAGGCUUGCAAGAAGAUGUUUUGCAUGUACAAAGAUUAGUGCUAGGGUCCAGUUUGGUUGUAGUUUUGAUCAAAACAAGUGUGAGUUUUGUGGUUUACCGGAGCCUAGAAAAUGAGCCCCACUAUCCACGACUCAAUGAAUGUAUCUUGUUAGAGUUUUUAUAUUGUACAUGGAUGUGUGUGUGCGUGUAUAUAUAUUGAGGUUAAUGAGAUGUGAUGUUUGGAAACUUGUAG